GUGAGAGCGGGAGGACGCGCGGUGACACACGGCACAGAUCCAUAGCCAGACCGUGCGCGCGGCGCGCUGCGCUGACUCUGCACUCGGAAAUCACCGGGGGAGUGCAGGAAGGCGGUUUUCUCAAGCAGCUCCGAAACUGUCAGCGGUAUCCUUGAGUUGAUCAGCGUACGGUUUGGAGGAGAAGAAGGGCCGGGGAGCGCGCUCUCAUACCCACGGGGCUGACGCGUUUCCAAAAAAAAAAAAAAAACAAAAAAAACCCGAACGUCUCGACGCGCGUUUUUUUCCUCUUUGGAAUCUGGCGUGGUGACGCUCGGGAUUUAAAAAAAAGAAAGGGGGAUAAAAAAAGCGCUGAUUGCCCGAAAGUUUUGCGGGUUCAACUUUAACAAAAACGGCGAUGAUAAGUUGCUGGAGAGGACGGCCGACUUAUCGAAUCCCUUCAGAUUGUGUGCGGUGUUGAAGAGGAGAAAAUUCCCCACUUGAGGGCGAAAUCAGACUUCGAGGAGACGCCAAAGUUUGAUAAGUGCCAGAAGCCCCGGGGUCUGCCAGAUACAACAUGCAGCAAUGUCCAAGGAGGCAGAGUUGGAUGUGAGAGGCAACGAGUGUGACACAGUCCCGCCGGAGCCCGACACGGAACCAGAAGCACCCAGGCCUCCUCCAGCCGAAGAAGCCAGCAGCACCGGUGCCGUUUGCAUCUCCUUCGGCGUGCGCGGAAGCAGGAGCGGCGGCGCGCGUGGCGUUAGCAUCAUUAGUGCUGAGGGAGCAGGCGAGAGCUCUAUGCAGUUCAGCACCAGACCGCCUAGUGCUGAGCAGCCGGGCUUCAUGGGGACAUGGCAGCAGCAGAGCACUGACAGCAACCUCCUCUACAGAAUGUCCCAGCAGGCCAUUCGCUGCACACUGGUAAACUGCACGUGCGAGUGUUUCCAGCCAGGAAAGAUUCAUCUACGAACAUGUGACCAGUGCAAACAUGGCUGGGUGGCUCACGCUCUGGACAAGCUGAGCACCCAGCACCUGUACCACCCGACCCAGGUGGAGAUCGUUCAGUCCAACGUGGUGUUCGACAUCAGCAGCCUGAUGCUGUACGGCACACAGGCCGUACCCGUCAGGCUCAAGAUCCUCCUCGACCGUCUCUUCUCUGUGCUCAAGCAGGAAGAGGUGCUGCACAUCCUGCACGGCCUGGGCUGGACCCUCCGCGACUACGUCAGGGGCUACAUACUGCAGGAUGCUGCAGGGAAGGUGUUGGACCGCUGGACCAUUAUGUCUCGAGAAGAGGAGAUCAUCACCCUGCAGCAAUUUCUUCGCUUUGGUGAGACCAAAUCCAUUGUGGAACUAAUGGCCAUUCAGGAGAAGGAAGGUCAAGCAGUUACAGUUCCCUCCUCCAAGACAGACUCUGGGAUUAGGACAUUCAUUGAGAGCAACAACCGGACCCGCAGCCCAGGGCUCCUGACACAUCUGGAAAACAGUAGCCCAUCCAGUAUUCACCACUUUGAGAAUAUACCCAACAGCCUAGCCUUCCUGCUACCCUUCCAGUACAACCCAGUCUCCGCCCCUAUGCUUGGAUUGCCCCCAAAUGGCCUGCCAAUGGAGCAAUCAGCUCUCCGGCUUCGUGAGCCCAGCCUGCCCAACCAGAGUGAGCAGGUAGACACCAGUGAGUCCGAAGUGUCCCUGUCACCCUUCCGCACAGGACAGAGCCCCAGCCGUAUACCCCUUGCAGCCAUGAACAACAUUGAACCCAAGACAGAACCAAACAACAGAGCAUCACCUAUUUCACCAACCCCUUCCACACAGCAAGGUCAACAACAGCAACAGCAGCAGACACAGCUCCAACAACAGCAGCAGCAACAGCAAGGCCAACAGCAGCAACAGAGUCAACCUCAGCCCAAUAGCUUGACUGACCAUCAGGUCCACCAUCACUUUGUCAAGGAUGAGCAGUCUAAAACCAUCACACAUGCUUCUUUUUCCUCAAAGAUGCACAGAAUGCGCCGAAUGGGUGCCACUUCACGCAAAGGCCGUGUGUGCUGCAACUCGUGCGGUAAAACCUUUUACGACAAAGGUACGCUUAAGAUUCACUAUAAUGCUGUACAUUUGAAGAUUAAACAUCGUUGCACGAUUGAGGGCUGCAACAUGGUCUUCAGCUCACUACGCAGCCGCAACCGCCACAGUGCCAACCCCAAUCCUCGACUGCACAUGCCCAUGCUGCGCAAUAACCGUGACAAGGACCUUAUUCGUGCCAACUCUACCAGUGGUACACCUGUAAUCUCGAGCACCAAGAAUGGUGGUUUCACACUUACAAGUCCUGGAAGGCCACCACUGGGGUUCACGACUCCACCAGUAGACCCUAUGCUUCAAUCACCCCUACAAAGCCCACUUGUGUUUCCCUCCCUCAAGUCAGUGCAGCCAGUCCAACCAGUUCCCCCAUUCUAUCGCACACUACUUUCCCCCGCAGACCUUGUCAGUCCGCCGGUGUCACUGCCAACCAGUCCCAUCCUACCACCUACCACCAACAGUACCACCCUGAUGGACCAACAACAGCAGAUCCUGGCUGCAGCUGUGGCUUCACACAAUAAUGUUCACGUGUCAGAAGCUGGACCCAUGUCCCACCGUUUACCUACGCCAAGUGCCAACCAGGACGUCACCACUGGCAACAGUGACCCUGCACCCAAGAAAAAGCCCCGUAAGUCCAGUAUGCCAGUGAAGAUUGAGAAAGAAGUGAUUGAUGUGGCAGAUGAGUAUGAUGACAAAGAUGAGGAUGAUGAUGAUAACAUCCACCAUAAUCACCACCAUCACCAGUCAUCCCUUCUUCACAACAAUGUCAUUAAUGGAAACUGUAACAGAAACAACAACAGUGGUAAUGGUACUGGGAAUCACAGUGGUGGUAGCGGGCAGCAGUCCCCUUCCCAGGAUGAGAUGAGCCCUGGGCUAGCUCUGAGAGGCAUGAUGAGGCAUAGUGAAGAUGAGUGCAGGGAAGGUGCUCGGAGUGACAGCAGAGGAGUAAAUGACAUUCGAAGCUCGAGUGAGCUCCGGUGUAUGGACAGUUUUACCUCUGAAGACCAAGAUCAUGACAGAGACUUUGAGAAUGAAUCUGAAACCUCUGAUUCUAAGAUGUUCUACCGCGAUGAUAUGAUGGAAGUAGAGGAACACCAAAAACACAGCAGAGGUGCAAGGCUUGACAAGGAACAUGAUGAUGAGGGUAAUGAGGAACACCAAUUGAGAAAGGAUAUGGAAGGCAAGGGGCACUCAUCACCUUUACCUCACCAGCUCCCCAUCAAAAUCAAGGAAGAACUCAAUGACCCUACUUAUGACAUGUUCUGCAUGAGCCAGUACGGCCUCUAUAAUGGAGGCAUGGCAGCGGCAGUGGCCACCGCAGCAAGCAUGGCUGCUCUGCAUGAGAGUUUCAUUUCAUCGAUGGGGUGUGCCAGCCCUCCCAAGUUCCCUUCCUCCCAAUCACCAGAUGGUGAUCCGUGCUCAAGCCCCGACCCCAAGAUUUGCUAUGUGUGUAAAAAGAGCUUCAAGAGUUCGUACAGCAUGAAACUGCACUACAAGAAUGUUCACCUCAAGAUGCACGUGUGCACUGUGGCCGGCUGCAAUGCUGCUUUCCCCUCCCGGCGGAGCCGAGACAGGUUAGUGCCGGAACAGGGUAAUGGAAUUGUCCAACUGUAA